GAGAAGGAUCCUGUUGGCAGUAUCCUCCCACGCGCUGAAAAGAACGUCUUUACCAGAGACGGAAGAGAAAUCGAGACAUUUCAUAGGUUCCUUUUUUCUGGUUCAUAUACAGUCAAUUACCUAAGUAGACCAGACCCAGCUGCUAUUGCAUUGGUGCCUAUAGGAGAGCCACCCCUUAAGUAGACCGGAACUGUGGCAAUUUUUCUCAAUUGUAAACGGCCUUUAUGGGAUAUCUUCAUUUAUCCACCAUCUUUGGUCUUUACAUUGAGGCGCAUGCGUUCCCCGAUUUAUGUCAAGGCACAAAAGUGGCGCUUUAUCGUUUCAAGCUCUACUGGGGUGCAGGACAGGUGGUAGCAGCCUAAAUGAUGGAUGGGGAAUUGGAGCCCAAGCCUGGGGUAGUGGAGGGGAGCACAAUCCAAGCCCCAGAAGAGGAACCCAUGGACACAGACACCACUCGCUCCUCAGAGAAAACCACACCCCCCACUGGAUCCCAGGCUCCCGUCACCACGGUAACAGAGGAACCCUCCAGGGUUCCGGAGAACAAUGACAAUGAUGAUGAUGUGGUGCUGGUGGAAGAGGCCCCAUCUCCCUCAGGGAAACAGCCCCCCACCCCCUCUGCUACUCCCCCUUCCCAUGCUGGCACCCCCGCAGACUGCACUGAGCCCCGCCCCUCAGAAACCGAAACCACGGCAACGGUAAACAUGACAACCGCCACAGCAGCAGCAGCCCCCUUAAAAAAAAAACAGUCCACCUGCCACCUCAUCUGCACCAUCCACAGAGCCCAUCGUCAUUGACGAUGAGGAGGAUCCCGGGCACAGAGGCUCUUCUUUACUGGCCACAGCCGGAGGCCCCUCUUCGUACAGCGGCUGUAUCCUGAGCAGCACGGAGCCGGACUCUGAGAUAAAGAUUGGCAACGUCACAACGCUGGGGCCCUCUGCCGUAGCCACGGCAGCUACAGCAGCCGAGCCAGUGGCAGAGCCUGAGAGGGACAUGAAUCUGAUGAUCACCAGUGUGACAUCGCUGCAAGGCGGGGUGGGGGUUGGGGGUUCGGGUGUAGCGGAGAAGGGCUUGCAGAUUAGCAGCACCUUCAGUCUGAACCCUGAGGCCCGGAGCUCCAUCAGCACUACCAGGCUCCCGGCCACUUUCAACCCUGGCAGGGUCAGCAACACCUCCACCACUAGUCAGCCUGUACAGAACGGAGACACAGGAACCCACCAGAGGCCUGAUUCGUGGAUAUCCCAGUCGGCCUCGUUUCCACGGAACCAGAAACAGACAGGGGUGGACUCUCCGUCGCCAACCGCCUCUCUGCCCAAACCGCCCGGCCCCUCCCCCUCUGGCUCCCAGAACCCCCCUCGCACUGUCAAGGUGACCUGCGCCAAUUGUAAGAAGCCUCUGAAGAAAGGCCAGACGGCCUACCAGCGGAAAGGAUCCACUCACCUGUUCUGUUCCACCACCUGCCUCUCUGCCUUCUCACACAAACCCACCCCCAAGAAGAGCUGCACCAUGUGCAAAAAGGACAUCACUACAAUGAAGGGCACGAUAGUGGCACAGGUGGACUCCAGUGAGUCGUUCCAGGAGUUCUGCAGUACAGGCUGUCUGGGAGCCUACGAGAACAAACAGAACCCACCCAAGUCCUCUCUCAAAACCAAGUGCACUGUGUGCGGAAAGCUCACUGAGAUCCGCCAUGAGGUGAGCUUCAAGACGGUCACCCAUAAAAUAUGCAGCGAUGCCUGUUUCAACCGUUACCGCAUGGCCAACGGGCUCAUCGUGAACUGCUGUGAGCAGUGUGGUGAAUACCUGCCCAGCCGCGCCACUGCUAACCACUUUCUCAUCAUUGACGGCAAGCAGAAACGCUUCUGCUGCCAGAACUGUAUGCAGGAUUACAAACAGCCCCACUCUAAGAUGACAAUGUGUACUGGCUGUAGUGCCAUGGUCAGGUCUAGUGAAGUCACUCAUUGCAUCGGGGCCAGCGGCACCAUGGAACCAUACUGCUCCACAGCCUGCAUGAACAAGACCAAGAUCGCUAGCACCGCUACCACUGUCCUCGACUCGGAGCCCACAUGCCACUUCUGUAAGAAGACAUCGUUACCUCAGUACCAGGCCACGCUGCUUGAGGGGAAUGUCCUAAACUUCUGCAGCUCAACGUGUGUCACCAAGUUUCAGAAUGCAAACAUUCAAACAGUAACCAAUGGACAGACUCCCCUGUCUACAACGAACCACAACAUCCAGCUCAAAUGUAAUUACUGUCGAGGAGCAUUCAGCCUGAAGCCUGAAACCCUGGAGUGGGAGGAUAAAGUGUACCAGUUCUGCAGUAAGAUAUGUUGUGAGGACUACAAGAAGCUGCACUGCAUCGUCACCUUCUGCGAGUACUGCCAGGAGGAGAAGACGCUCCACGAGACGGUCAAGUUUUCUGGGGUCAAGAGGCCCUUCUGCAGCGAAGGUUGUAAGCUGCUUUUCAAGCAGGACUUUGCCAAGCGGCUGGGUCUGAAGUGUGUCACCUGUAACUACUGCACUCAGCUGUGUAAGAGAGGAGUGACCAGGCAGUUGGCUGGGGUGUCCAGGGACUUCUGCAGUGAAACCUGCGCCAAGAAGUUCCACGAGUGGUACUACAAGGCGGCACGCUGUGACUGCUGUAAGGUACAAGGGAACCUGACUGAGUCGGUGCAGUGGAGAGCAGAGAUGAAGCACUUCUGUGACCAGCAGUGUCUCCUCCGCUUUUACUGCCAGCAGAACGAACCAAACCUGGCAACGCAGAAGGGCCCAGAGAACACCAGACUUGGAUUUGGAAUACAAACUGAGGCAACCAACAUUGCGAUGUUGAGUCAGCCGUACACCGGUGGAGGGAUCCUAAAGGAUGUGAAGAAUAAAGCUGUACUCUGCAAGCCUCUCACUAUGACCAAGGCCACCUACUGCAAACCACACAUGCAGAGCAAGCUCCUACAGACAGAUGAGGAUGACUGGGUGAAGAGGGAGUACAUUCCCGUGCCCAUCCCUGUACCUGUGUUCAUCCCAGUCCCCAUGAACCUCUACGCUCAGAUCACACCCAUUCCCAUCACACUACCUGUCCCGGUUCCAGUGCCAGUGUUCCUGCCCACCACACUGCAGGGCACAGAGCAGAUUGUCCAGACCAUCAACAAGCUGAAGGCCAAAGUCCCCACUGACCCCCAUGAGGCUGACCUCUCCAUGGCUGAGAUGAUUGCAGAAGACCAGAAGCCAGAUGUGAAUGUGAAGAGGGAGCGAGGAGAAGGAGAGGCCAGGUCCAGUAGCAGCAGCAGCUCCAGUAACAGCAGCUCUGAAUCGGAGGCUGAGGAGAAGUAUGAACCAGAUCUGGACCUGGAGAACGACUUUCCUCAAGACCCUUUUCCUACACUCGAGAGCCUGGACGUGGAUAUGGGGUUCAACCUACCCCCUCUCCUGGCUGAGGAGAAGGAUGAGGUACCCAGAGCCAGGAGACAGGGACAUAAGAGGCGAGCUGUAGAGGGAGACCCCUCUCCCCCUAUGACAGAGAGGCGCUCGCUACCCCUGAGGUCUCACUACGGGGUCAACGCCUGGAAACGGUGGGUGCUGUCCUCGACUGACCAAUCAGGUGACACUAAAGGGAAAGACAGGCUCAAGCAGGAAUCUCCACCGGCCUGGUCGAAGAGUAACCUGCUCUCUCUAAAAGCGUCAGAGCUCAGCCUGGCCUUGUCCCGAUUCGUCCGCGAGGUACGGCGGCCCAACGGAGAGCGCUACGCCCCUGACAGCAUCCUCUACCUCUGCCUGGGCAUCCAGCAGCAUCUGCAGGCCAAAGGCAGGAAAGAUGAACUGUUCAGUGACCCGUGUUUCGAGCCGUUUGGAGAGGAGCUCAACAAGGUCCUCAAAGACUGGCAGCCCAGCGUGAUGCCAGAUGGCGCUCGGUGGGGCUGUGUGGAGGAGCAGUGCCUGUGGAGCUGUAAGCUGCUGGGGGAGCAGAGUCCUGCAGCAUUGCUGCGCUCCCUGGUCUAUCUCAACACCAAGUACUUUGGCCUGCGCACCGUGGAGCAGCAUCUGUGCCUUUCCUUUAGUAACGUCUACGGGCCAGACCACACAGACCCAGCCACACAGGAAACCACUGUCUGCAUCCGAGUCCCCUCCAUCUCCUCACAGGACCACCCCUUACAAACAGGGUCCAGGAAGAAGAAACGUAAAGAGGACAGUGACCCGGCCUACGAGCCAGAUGACGGCUCAGGAAGCUCCAGCCACUGUCCAGUCAAGAAGCACGAGGGCAGACUCUACGAGCUCUACCGUUCCAAGUGCCCGGGGUUGUUGAGGCAGCGUAUGGAUGUGUUCUAUGUGCAGCCAGAGGCAUCGGGCUGCAGCAGUGACAGUGACAGCUCCCUGUGGUUCUCCUCUACUCCUCUGGACCGCAGUGUCCUGGAGAGCAUCCUCACACCUCUCCUCCUGGUCAAAGACAUCUACAGAGAGCGCCAUCUAGAAGAGGAGGAGGAGGGAGGUGGGAAAUAGAGUCCACUCUUCUUCUCCAUCUCAGAGAAGAGGAGGAUUAGGGUCCUCUUUUCUUCCAUCCAGUCCCAUCCUCAACAACAUUACAACUGGGUUGCUGCAUUCUCUAUCUUUUACACCAUUACUCCACCAUUACUCAGCGAUCUCAGGCCAGCUGUGAGUGUACAGUGGAUGUCAGGUGAGAAGGAACUACACAUCGUAGAAAUAGAAUGUAUAGAACGGGCGUACCCAUUUAAGUUAAUAAUGGCUUAAUCGGUGGGCUGGUGGUGUUAACCAGUCAAAUUGUUAGGGUUAGAGGUUCCAAGUCCCGUUCUAUUCAUUCUAUUUCUAUGCUGCACAUGCCCAGAGCUGAUCGGAGGAAAGUGUUUCCCUGAAGGGCCAAGGAAGGGGACUCGGUCUGCAAGUAGCUAGGGGCGAUAUUGGGAGUGUGUCGUGUGAAAAGCAAAUUCCCCAUGAACUGCUGCUCUUCCUUCUGUAGGGGAAGUCCAUUCACGUGAUGUAGCAUUACUUACUAAGCCCAGAUUGGGCUGCUAUGCUGUGUAAAUAUUUCUGAAAGUUAAGUAGGGGAUGGGAAGAGACAGAUAGACAUCCACCAGAAUCCAUCCCACUGAAUCCUCCUCAGCUUUGACCCCCAGAAGCCUUUUAAAGAUAAGACAUUUAUUUAUUGCGGUUGAUUGAUUGGUCUUGGUUCUAUUGUAUGUUUGUUCUUUGUACGCCGGGAUGGGAUGCGUGUUCCAUUGUGAUGCGUGUGCCAUUUUUCUCUCCUCCGUUAAGAGCAUUAAUUAGUUGAUUAAUUAAACCUGCUGCAGCCUGGAGCUCUCCUGUGUCUCUGUCUUUCCCGUUUCUUUGUUCUGAGGGUGGAGGUAGGGGUAGCUGCAGGGGUAUUGUCUGGGGCUUCAGAAGAUCUGCAGAGUUUUGUCUAGAGGGGAGACAGCUUUUAUCAAAUUUACUUUUCGUAGCAGGUUUAAGGGAAAUUACGCCGCCGGUUAGGAGAAUCAACGUAGCAGGUUAGGAGAAUUAGGUUAAGGUUAUGAAAAUGGUUAGGGUUAGCAAAUUUGACAAAAGCUGUAUCCCAUCUACAUGACCAAGUUUCCGGUACAAGUAUGAAGGAGAUGGUAUACUGCCUAAAGACUACAUAUUUUGUCUGUUUUAAUCCCAGUGUAUUUUGUUUUGUCUCAUUGAAGCUAUUUGAUGUUGAUUAUUUAGUUGUAAACGUAGCACUUGAUAAUGGGUGUUGUAUUACUCCCAGCUAAUGAGUUAUAUUCUGUUAACAUGGCAACUGUUUGUGAUGUAACUAGGGUGGACAGAUCUCUUUCAGGAUUAGCACAUUAUAGACAUGCCUGGUGACGUUUUCCAAAUUUACUCCAUCUCCAGGCAUCCAAAUUACACUAGAAAUCUCUGCAUCUCCUUAACUUAUUUAUGUUUUUUAUUACUGUUACCCUUUUACAUUUUAUUUGUAUUAUUUUCUAUCAAUAAAUUACAAGCGAAUACCUCGUUUUUACGUUGACUUCUGAAUAGGAUUUUGUUUGAUUUAGAUUUUUCUUUGAAUGGCACCUACCUUGCCUUCCAUGUACUGUCUGUGGACUACGCUUCAAGGCUGGAGAAUGUCUGGAUGGAGCCUGUCAAGGAAAGGAGUCACAAUUGGUUCUGUGACUAGCCGGCUGGCUCCAAAGCCUAAUGUGAAUGUGCCUGUGUGUACUGAACGUGUGUGUAACUUCAUGCCAGGUUAAUUCAGUGUGUGGGCUGAUCUGCCAAAUUGAUAAAAAUAAAUAAUUUAAUUUCUUA